AUGGCUCUGUGGCGCUUCAGUCUGCUGUCAUUGUCUGCCUUUUGGAUGAUGUCACCUACCUACAUUGAGGUUCAUAUGCAUUACCACCAUAACAACAAUUACCACCGUCGCAAAGUCACCUCUCACACGACAUUCACCAGCAAUGUCUCCUCGUUCUCUUCGCCCCGCGACAGUCGCCGCAACAAAGGCGUCCUACGAGCGCUCUGCCACUCCGGUGCCUCAGCCAAAGGUGGCCAGAAGACGCGCCCCUGCGAAGGCGCCAAGGUCCUUGAAGCCUCCUACACCAGCUCGGAAUACGGCACCGAAGUGGCUGCCAGCAACGCCCUUAACCUCACACAUCAGCCGUCGACAGCUCUCUAUCUCACUCCCUUCAGCCGCCUCACUAAUUUCACGUUUUACCCUGUGCGCUAUGUCACUAACAAGUUCUCACAGCCGUACAAGUGGACCGCAGCUCGCGAAUGCACGCUGUUAGUUCACCUCAUCGGUCUAGGUGACCCUAUCUCUGCAGCAGAGUUCGACAAGCUCGCACUCCUCCUCGACAUCACCUCUGACGUCGUGCGCGCACGUGUCGAUUUCUUCCGCGGUCAACAAACCGUCAAAAUCCGAGAUGCCUCCCCCUCCCCGUCUCCCGCUGCUGCCGGCCCCUCCAACGCGGACUCGGUUGCUGGCAGCCCCGCUCCUGCUGAUGGCAGCAGCAAUCAGGGUGAAGGUGAGGUUGAGGACACGCCUGAAGGUUCUGUUGCACCUGAAGAAGGUGUGAGUGAGUCGCGCGCCCGAACCAGUACGGUCCGCCUUGCUGGUUCCGUGGCCGUCACUGUUGAUGACUCUCUGGUUGAAAGUGAUGCUCCAGCCGUUCCUGAGCGUCGCGAAUGGUCGUCGUCGCCCGAAGUUGGAAGUGAUGUUGUGGAGUCGAUCGAGACCGACGACCCCCCCAUUGUCAGUCUUCGUUCGCCUUCGUCGUCUCCGCUCUCGUCCCUUUCCUCAACUCCAACCUCGACGACCCGCUCUCCUCCUGUUGCCGAGGUAGCAGAGGAUGAUCCCGACGAUGAUGCCAACGACGAUGCCGACGUCGACACCGACAGCGCCACCAGUCAAGCGACGCCGUCGCCGACUCGCCACGUGCACUGGACCAAACAAUUCCCUGUCCGCAGGUACAAACUGCGACCUUGGGAGGAGGGCAUGCUGUACGACAACUCCGACUCCGAUUCCAACUCCUCCUCCUCCAGCCUCGGAAAGCGGUCACGGGCUGACGACGACGAAAAGGACGACGAAGAUGAAGAGGGUGAAUGGAACCGCCACGCCCGCCGCAAGCGCUGCCGCUCCCGCACCGCUACCCCAAUGCCAUCGACUGCCGGCCACGCUUGGCGUACGAAACCGACGGCGAGGAUGUCCCCUUCCAGAAUCACAACAUUUAUGAAGCGGACGACGUACCCCUGGCCGGCGCAGGCUGCGGGAGAGUACAUGGUGCAGAAGGAUUGGUUGGAGGACAACAGCGAAGUUAAAUAUUGGCUCCGCCAUCCUACAACAUCUCCCUCGUCUUCCUCCACGUCCGCCUCCACAUCUUCCCUCUCGUCUCCCCCCUCAUCUUCUGGCUCCUCAUCUCCCUCCUCAUCUUCCGGUUCAUCAUCUUCCGGUUCAUCAUCUUCCGGUUCAUCAUCUUCCGGUUCAUCAUCUUCCGGUUCCUCAUCUUCCGGUUUCUCGUCUCCUGGCUCCUCGUCCCCCUCCCCCUCUCCCCCGCAGUCUCCUUCUGCGGCGGUUACAGCAUUAGACCGGGAGAACACGCCGUUCGACCUCGGAUUCAUGUUUCAUAAUGAGGCGGACCCGCUGGGAAGGUUCGCCACUCCUGACUUCCUUUCCCCGGGCAGUCCCGCCACCACAUCUGCUCCUGCCAGCGAGAUCGCAGUGGACCCGGCUCUCCUUACCAUGUUUGCCUCGCCUGACCCACCUCUUGCCGCUACCACUGGCGUCAGUUCGAGUACAAGCUCCACCCCGCCCGAUCGAGUUUAA